AUGAUGAAAGCUGCUGAAGACUUGAAACAGCAGCAGAUGUUGAAAGAACAAGAAAGGCAACGUGUUCUCCAAGAGAGAAUCAUCCCAUUGCCAGAUCUUGAUGAUGCCAAAGACCUUGAAUCCAUCUACAAUCAAAUGCGUUCACGCCUUAUCGAGCUGGAAAGUGAAAACUAUGACAUUUCCUAUACCGUACGACAGAAAGACUUCGAAAUUAAUGAACUGACCAUUGCUGUGAACGAUCUUCGCGGAAAAUUCGUCAAGCCAACCCUAAAGAAGGUUUCCAAGACCGAUAGCAAAUUCGACAAGCUGAAGAAGAAAGAAGCUGCUAAGGUGGACUUCCGUUCUAACCUGAAGACCGUCGACAAGAACCAGUUUGCCAUGAAGGAGGAGGUAUUUUUGCAA